GCCACCUGCUCUGCAAAACAGCCCGCUCUCCUCUGCGCUCCGUCCGCCUUCUCUACCGCUCCAGCGACUCUCUUGCCCCAUUGUCUUUGCCUACAACGGUACAAUCACCCGCCGUCGAUACCGCUGCCGCCGCCGCCGUCACUACUCUCCUUGCUCACGCCAGCCGCGCUUUUUGCUGCUCUUUGCCGAUUGGCCACCCAUGGCGGAUCCGGGUCAUCACUUCUAAAAACGCGUCUUGAUUCCAGCCGACUGGACCAUCGUCGUCGAGCGUGGGGUCCCUUCUGUCCCUCAUGACCCAACAACACUCCCAAGGCGGGACCGCAGGCGGUCACCCGCGAAGACCGCCCGCUCACAGAUCAGUCUCGCUGCUCCACUCCCCGGGCAAGCGCAAGUUCGGCGAGGAGUCGACUCUCUCUCAUGCUUCCUCCAACAUCCCUUCCAGCGAUCGGGCCAACCCACCCUCGCCAGGCUCGUCGAAACCUCGAGUCAAGAAGGAUAGCUCCGGCGAGGUCAGUGAUGCCGGCCAAUGGUUCGACAAGUCAAACAAGAAUGUCUCUCAGAACAGUGCUUCCUUCGUCGACAAUGACCCUCCCUUCUUCCUGCGCAAUUCAUCCUCUUCUACCUCACCCGACGACCCGAACGGCAGGUACCUCCAUCCACAGACCAUCCCGCAUAGACCCAACAUCUUGCGAGCCAACACUGGCGGCAGCAGCGAUGACUUUAGGAGUGUCAUCGACGACCUUACCGUCGAAAACAAAAAGCUGAAGAAGCGCCUCAAGAAGUAUGAGAAGAUGCACGACGCUCAUCUUCAGGAUGAUAGACUCUUCGAGAUUCGCAUGCACGGCCUGCCCCCUCACAAGAAGAGGGAGCUGGAGGAGACACUGAAAAAGUUUGCCAUGGCAUUGGAGGAAGCGCCUGAUAGGCCCGCCGAGCCAUCCGAGCCUGCUCUGCCCCAAUACUCGAAGCGUCCGCGUCUCCGGCAAGAAAAGACGCUGUCAUCUUAUGCAUCGACGAACUUCGCUGACUCGGCAUACAUCUCUAUGUCAGGCCGGAAUUCAAAUACACAUUCUGGUAAUCCGACAUCGAAUGCUGCCUCCGCUCAAAACUCAAACGCUACUCACGUUACUCAAAAUGAGCGCCCGAAGCAGCAGGAGCAACAACAGCCAUACAGUCGUCACGAGGAAAGCAUUCAUUCCUACCUACAGGACAUUCCUGAGGGAUUGAUGCCUAAGACCGUCGCUAUGACGGAAAAUGCAAAGAAGCGAUUGGUUGUCAAGCGAAUGGAGCGGAUCUUUGCCGGCAAGGGUCCUGCUGUAGGCGGACACCAACAGCCGAUCCAGCAACAAGAAGUUGCGCAAUCGGCUGCACGUGACGAUCGUGUCGCUCAAGAGCAGGCCACCGGCCGACAAUCCCGCAAGGAAGGUGUCAGAGAGGCCAGGAUCAUGUCCGGAAGAGGAGACAAGAUGCCUCCAACAGACGAGUCGGACGAGGCAGAGGCCCUUCAGCAUGUGAACCCAGAGGCCAAGGUUGAGGAGCAGGACUUUGCAUCCCACCAAUCACCUGGUCACGACUCCCCCGAUCAGCGCCCAACAAGACCGCUCGACCUGGACCCCCACAGAGCCCAAGUGCCGGUGGAUAACAUGAAUUAUAUCCGGCACUUGGGUUUCUCUCCACCCGACGGUGACUUGGCUCAGCAGCCGGAAGAGGGGCACGGUUGGAUCUAUCUCAACUUGCUAAUUAACAUGGCCCAACUGCACACGAUCAACGUCACCACCGAAUUUGUAAAGAAAUCGCUUUUGGAGUACAGUUCCAAGUUCGAGUUGUCUAGCGAUGGUCGUAAGGUCCGAUGGAAAGGCGGCAACGACGUUUCGCUGGACAGCAGCGACAGCUCACCUGAUCAUGAGGGCAUGGAGCUCGCCAGUAGGCGCAUGAAACGAAUGGGUAAGAAGCGUCAGAAACUCGGAUCAGGCAGUACCGAGCACUCCAGCGAGAUGACUGGCCAAUCAUCCGACAUGAACACGCGACGCAGCAAGAAAUCAAAUGGGUUCGCGUACACGCCCUUGUUCUACCACAAGGAGUCCUCGGACAGUUACGACGCGUCCAAUGCAGAUGGUACUGAUGAAUACGCUUCGCCGUGGCCUGCGCAUGCCACGGGCGCUUCUUCAGGCCCUGCUAGCUCGGGCAACCGCACCUCUGCAAGGAAGCAGAAGAAUGAUGAUGGCCCGAUCAUCUUCUACAGCAAGGCAAAGUUUUGCACCGAUUUGAGUGGAGAUCGCGGAGUGCUCAACCACGACCACAUUGACCACCCAAGCUACGAAAAGCUUACAGAAAUGCCCCUUGGAGGUCCUGAUGAGAUGUGUUUUGAGAUGUUUUCGGACGGAGACGCCCGUCAGAGACCCUUGACCGAAACACCGGAUUCGCCAGAUGCCAUGGACGUUGAUAGCUCGAGCCCCCAGGACAUUAAGCUUGAUCUUUCCGACAUGCCAGUACGGGCCGACGCGAAGGGCAUCCCUCAGUGGAUCGACUUUGAGGUUUCCGGCCUUGGUGGAAUCCUCCCUGAUGAUAACUUCACGGUUGAGGUUGUGCGCAGGCAAGUUCCAGUAUCAGCACCAGAAUCGACACCCGGGGCGGUGCACGCCCGAGCGAAGGCAUACCCCAAUCGUCUAUCAUCAAUCCUAAACGGCCAAGAAGCACGGAUGACGAAAUCCCUGACCCCAGCGAUCGACCAGGCGAUCGUCUCCGCGCACCACAAGUCGCUGCCCCCAUCCGAGCUCCCGCCCCCAUCCAUGAUGCCUUACGACCCUAAUGGUGAUGAUGACGAUUCCGACACCGCUAGCAACACUUCAACCACCGAAGACGAGCACAGCGGCGCCGUGUCUAGCACACUUCCGCAAGCCGCGCCGCGCCUCAUUGACCUGGACACCGCGUCCCAAGAGACCGAAACCGGGGGAUCCGAAGAAGACGAUGAGGCGUCACCCAUUGACGAGGACGACGCGUCGGUCGAUUUCCUGGAAGCGGCGCGCAAAAUUGAUCCUGAGGCUAUUCGCAUCCAAGAGCGCGACUACGACGCCAGCGUCGCGGAGCGCUUAGCUGAGGAUAUCCCUGCGGGCAGCUCGGCGGCAACGGCGGGCGGCGGCAGCGGGUUUAAUAGCCCGAUCAGUGGAGCGCAUGGCUCGGUGCAGAGCUUAAAGAGGGCGCGGACGAGUGAUAGCUUGCUUGUUAAUGGGAAGGCGCCAAGGUGUGAGUGAGUAAUGUGCACGAUAGUGGAGGGAGUUAGGCGUGUGUGUCUAUGAUCUGCAUACACGGAGUUUUUUGGGAUGGGAUGGCAGUUCUUUUUUUUUCGUGGAGGCUCAGGAGCCUCUCCUCUUUUUAUGGCUUUGUUUCAUGGAGCAUUUUGGAUUUGACCUCUUGGGAUUGACUAAGGUCUACUCUAUAUACCCACCCGUUCUUCAAUGACGAUGGAAUUGAAUUGUUCUAAGUUUGUAUUUGCAUUUUUAGCAAUCCAAUGCAU